CCAGAGUUCUUGUAGAAGUAAAACAGGAGGGGCUUCAUGAAAGAUGAUUUCCGUUGUAUGUUAUUUGACAGUCAGUGACGAUUGACGGGAGACCAUCAGCUCAGUGGCCGUUGAUGGACCAUCCCUAUGAAGAAACAGGGUUACAAUGGGACAGAGUACCUCGGAACAAGAGGUCCAAGGAGACAACCCCGAGGACGGGUUUAAUAACAUCAAGACAUUUGUGGAGGAGGAACUACAGACGAGCAUGAUGGUGGGGAUGGUGAUUGGUGCAGGCAUCGCCAUAGUUCUCAUCGCCAUCCUCAUCUUCUUUAUCUUGCGGAGGAUCCAGCUUCGAAACCUAGAAGCUCAGGAGGCACCCAAGUACCGCUUCCGCAAGAGGGACAAAGUCAUGUUCUAUGGGCGAAAGAUCAUGCGUAAAGUCUCCCAGUCUACCUCUUCCCUGGUGGGUACAUCCUCUUCCUCUCGACCACGCCUCAAGAAGAAGCAGAAGAUGCUUAACAUUGCCAAAAAGAUCCUGCGCUUUAAGAAGGAGGUGCCCACCCUUCAGGCUAAGGAGCCCCCUCCCUCAGUGCUGGAGGCGGACCUCACCGAAUUUGAUGUGGCCAACUCCCACCUCCCCUCUGAGGUGCUCUACAUGCUCAAAAAUGUUCGUGUACUGGGUCACUUUGAGAAGCCUCUCUUCCUUGAGCUGUGUAAACACAUGGUGUUUCUGCAGUUCCAACAAGGGGAGUACGUCUUCAGGCCUGGCCAGCCUGACAGCAGCAUCUACGUGGUUCAGGAUGGAAAACUAGAAUUGUGCCUUACUGGAAUGGAUGGCAAAGAAAGUGUGGUGAAGGAGGUUUACCCUGGAGACAGCGUCCACAGCCUCCUCAGCAUCCUGGAUGUCAUCACAGGCCACCAGAAGCCUUACAGAACGGUGUCAGCACGGGCUGCAGAGGUUUCCACUGUUCUCCGAUUACCUGUAGAGGCCUUCCUCUCUAUAUUUGAGAAGUACCCUGAGAGCCUGGUGCGAGUCGUACAGAUUAUCAUGGUUCGUCUCCAAAGAGUAACAGUCCUAGCCCUGCACAACUAUCUGGGACUCACCAAUGAGCUCUUCAGCCAUGAAAUGCAGCCCUCGCGUCUGCCACCUCAGUCACCCCACCCAACUCGCACCAGUCCCAUCCGCCAUGGCAAGCGCUUUGGCAGCCUGACAGUGCCUGAGGAGCAUCGGGAAGCUGCCAUUAAGGGUGAAGCUACAGGAGGAGAACAAGGGAAGGAGGGAGCAACAGUGCCAACUCUGAGUAGGACUAUCUCUAUGCCUGUGGACAUUGCUGGUAUACAGAAAGGUCUGAGAUCAGACUUUGACAUGGCGUAUGAAAGGGGGCGGAUCUCUGUCUCUGCAGAAGAUGGCAACACUCCUCCCAACUUUACUCGGUCCGUGUCCCAGGACCAGCGGGAGAGGAGGGUGACAGUAGAUGAGGUUCCCUCAGGGAUCUACCUGUAUCCAGAAGAAGAGGCGGGAGUGGACAAUAUUUUUACACCUAUAUCCAGUCGAUCCAGUGCUGCGCUGUUCGAAGAAGCUCAGAAAGAGGUCCUCAAACUCAUGAGGAUUGAGGACCCAUCUUUGUUGAAUGGGAGAGUGACUCUUCACCACGCCAAAGCUGGAGCUGUCUUAGCCAGACAGGGAGACCAGGACGUGAGUCUGCACUUUGUCCUGUCUGGUUGUUUGCAUGUCUACCAGCGGAUGAUCAACAAGCAGGAAGCUGUCUGCUUGUUUGUGACCCACCCAGGGGAGAUGGUUGGCCAACUCGCUGUUCUUACUGGAGAACCCCUGAUCUUCACUAUCAAGGCCGUCCGAGACUGUACUUACCUCAAGAUCUCAAAGUCGGAUUUCUACGAGAUCAUGAGGGAACAGCCCAGUGUGGUGCUGAGUGCAGCCCACACAGUGGCCAUCCGCAUGUCCCCAUUUGUCAGGCAGAUGGAUUUUGCUAUUGACUGGAUGGCUGUGGAGGCUGGCAGAGCCCUCUAUAGACAGGACGAUCAGUCAGACUACACCUAUAUUGUUCUGAAUGGACGUCUGCGUUCAGUCAUCCGCAAGGCAAAUGGCAAGAAAGAACUAGUUGGGGAAUAUGGCAGAGGAGACCUCAUUGGUGUGGUGGAGGCUUUGACCAGGCAGCCAAGAGCCACCACUGUCCAUGCUGUGAGAGACACAGAGCUGGUCAAACUGCCAGAGGGAACACUCAACAACAUCAAAAGACGAUACCCACAGGUGGUGACGAGGUUGAUCCACUUGUUAGGCCAGAAGAUCCUAGGCAACUUGCAGCAAGGUCGCGGACCAUUCUCAGGCUCAGCCCUGAGUCUGCCCAGUAUGACAACUAGUGCUGAUGUAACCAACCCUGCCAGCAACCUCUCCACUGUGGCUGUGCUGCCUGUAUGUGAUGAGGUGCCGAUCAAUGCGUUCAACUUGGAGCUCAGCCAUGCCCUCAGUGCCAUUGGGCCCACUCUGCUAUUAACCAGUGACAUAAUCAGAGAGCGACUGGGUGCUUCUGCUUUGGACAGUAUCCAUGAGUACCGUCUGUCCGGCUGGCUGGCACAGCAGGAGGACAUCAAUCGGAUUGUCCUGUAUCAGACUGACAACAGCAUGACCCCGUGGACUCAGCGCUGCAUCCGCCAGGCUGACUGCAUCCUCAUUGUUGGCCUAGGGGACCAAGAACCUACCCUGGGAGAGUUGGAGCAGAUGCUGGAGAACACAGCAGUCCGGGCUCUGAAGCAGCUGGUCCUUCUGCACAGAGAGGAUGGGCCAGGCCCCUCCAGGACGGUCGAGUGGCUCAACAUGCGUAGUUGGUGCUCUGGGCAUCUGCACCUCAAGUGUCCUCGCAGGGUCUUCUCUAGACGCAGUCCCAGCAAACUGAGAGAGGUAUAUGAAAAGGUGUUUGAGAAAACAGCAGACAGGCACAGUGAUUUCUCUCGGCUGGCCCGAGUCCUGACUGGAAACAGCAUCGCCCUGGUGCUGGGAGGAGGUGGAGCUAGAGGCUGCUCUCAUGUGGGUGUGAUCAAAGCCAUGGAGGAAGCGGGGAUUCCUAUUGACAUAGUGGGUGGGACCUCAAUUGGCUCAUUCAUUGGUGCACUGUACGCUGAGGAGAGGAGUGCUGUCAGAACCAAACAAAGAGCUAGAGAGUGGUCAAAGGCCAUGAACUCAGUUUUUAAAACAGUCCUGGACCUGACUUAUCCCAUCACCUCCAUGUUCUCCGGCUCUGCCUUCAACACCAGCAUCUAUAAAGUGUUCCAGGACAAGCAAGCUGAGGACCUGUGGCUGCCAUACUUCAAUGUCACUACUGACAUCACAGCCUCAGCCAUGCGUGUUCAUCAGGAUGGUUGUGUCUGGCGCUAUGUUAGAGCCAGCGCCUCCUACACCCCCUAUUUACCUCCCCUGUGCGACCCCAAGGAUGGCCACUUGCUUGUGGAUGGUUGCUAUGUUAACAAUGUCCCAGGCUCUCUGUGGCGCUAUGUGCGGGCGAGCAUGACCCUCUCAGGGUACCUGCCGCCACUCUGUGACCCCAAAGAUGGCAACUUGCUAAUGGACGGUGGCUACAUCAACAACCUGCCAGCCGACAUUGCGAGGAACAUGGGUGCCAGAACUGUCAUUGCCAUCGACGUGGGAAGCCAAGAUGAGACUGACCUCUGUAACUACGGCGACUGCCUGUCUGGCUGGUGGUUGCUGUGGAAACGGAUCAAUCCUUGGGCAGAGAAAGUAAAGGUGCCAGACAUGGCAGAGAUCCAGUCUCGGCUGGCAUACGUGUCUUGUGUGCGGCAGUUAGAGGUGGUGAAGAAGAGUGCCUACUGCGAGUACAUCAGACCACCAAUCGAUCGCUUCAAGACAAUGGACUUUGGGAAGUUUGACGAGAUCUAUGAUGUGGGCUUCCAGCAUGGCAAGUUGGUGUUCACUGGCUGGGCCCGAGGUGACAUCAUCGAGAACAUGCUGAAGGACCACCGUUCAGCCGACUACAAUGACAGCAAGAGAACUGACUCCUGCACGUGUCCAGGAGCUGAUUUCACUGACCUCGCAGAGAUUGUUUCCAGGAUAGAGCCAGUCCAGACCUAUGUAGCAGCAGAUGCAGAGGAGUCAGACUGUCUGACGGAGUAUGAGGAAGAUGGGAUGGACACAGUGAGAGAGGAAGAGGGGGAGGAAGAGGAGGAAGAGGCCGAGGACCCUGACGACCACUCCCCUGGAGAGUGGGGGCAGAAUGGAAUCUUCCAGACUGAUGAGGAGAAAUCUGUGAGGCAACGGAGGAAACUCACGAGUGACUCCAACACCUCAGAAGUCUCCGACUGCUGACAGAGGGCCUCACUGAGAAGUAGAGGGAGUUUAAGCAAGAACAAGGGUCCAAAAUUAUUAGUCAAGGCUAGAGACUGAACGUCAUACUAAGCUCCUGCAAUGUCUGAAACUCUGAAAUACUGUUUUUGUUUUUUUUCUGGAGGGGAUUACGGUUCGUCCUCUAAACUGUUGAACCUUCUUUGCAUCAAGUGGCUUCCUCCUCGCUCUCACACUGGCUUCAUCUGUUGACAUUCUGACAUCACUGUCAAAAAUGAUUAUGUGCGGCCCCAAAUAAUAAUGGUCUUCGAAGGUUUACGCCACUCAAUGUUUUUCUCAUCACUUCUGCAUCAGUCUGAUUCGUUGCCAGAAUACCUGCCUGCCAACUCCAAAACCUGCCAAAACCAGGUCUCCCCUAGCAACCAACACAAGAAAACAUGUAAACUGUAAACUUCCAAUUCACCAAUUCAAAUCACCUGCAUCUCCAAAUCUGCAUGUACGUCUCUGUACGUACAGCUCUGUUGCACUCCGUCACAGACAUUUUGACACAUUGCAGUCCAUUCAUUUCUUGUGUGUGUGUGUGUGUGUGUGUGUGUGUGUGUGUGUGUGUGUGUGUGUGUGUGUGUGUGUGUGUGUGUGUGUGUAUGUGUAUGUGUUUGUAUUGCCUGUGUGACUGCACAAACGUGCAAAGCUGUGACUUGUUGAAAUAGUAGCAGUGCACUGAAAAGAAAAGUAAGAAAUACAGACAGUAGAACUGUAGUUAGUAGGUUAGCUAAGUUUAAAGUAGAUGUGAAGUAGGGAAGCUAUAGAAGGAACAGAUGUUCAUGAAGGCACCAAAGUAGAGUUUAUGUUGAAUGAACAGAGGCUGGACCAAUGUCAGGAAUCAGGAAUAAGGAUGUAUUAAUAUUGAAAGAGGAAGACGUAUUAAUGAAUACUGUGGGAAGUUUUGAGAAGUGGAUUUAAGAAAAUAAAGAGACAAGUUGUGUAGACAAGAAAAGAGAUGGACCCAUCAGCCAAGUGUUAUUUUAGUUUGUUUAAAAUUCACACAAGGUACAGUAGAGUGAGCUUGAUGCGCUGUAGACUAGACUAAACGGGGGAUGGAGAGGAUGUGUAAUGGAAAUGAGGGAUGAAUGAGAUGAUUUUCAGUGAGUGGAUGACAUGGUGUCUGCGUUCUUGAAAUUUUGUGUUUCAGCUGUUUUUUUUGAGAUGAUGCCAGAUAAAGACGAUGCCUUUUUCAACCAGUUUUCGAUCCACUCACAGUAAACGGUGACUGUGGGGAAGAGAGUGAUCAUUCGACUGACACUACACAACAAACCAGUGUGUGCCCGUCUUCGUUUGCACAAGGUCACACACAGUACUCAGGGUUCCUGCGUAAAACUCCACAAAAAAAGUUUUAAAAAGAAGUUGGUAGUAGACAAUAUUGUGUAUAUGACAGUGAGUCUCUGACUGAACAGUUAUAGAAAUCUCCAAAACCAAUGGCAACAAAUUGUCAUUUUGACAUUGAUAAUACGCAGAAACCCUGAGUAAACCGAAACUCCAAAUGGACAGAAAUUCACCUCAUGUAACUAUUAACACUUAAUUAAUAUGGACCUAAUGUAGAAAUUGUAACAAGAUUAUAUUAUAAUACACACAUUGUUGAUAUUCAUAUAUGUAUAUGAGGUGGAAAUUUGUAAGUUAAUGCUUAGCUGCAGAACAAGGGAACCAACACCUGAACAAAAAAGGGUUUCCUCUCUUAAAAUCCAUUCUGUUUUUAUGGAUGGUCACCAGAUUUGCUUUUUUUUUUUUUUUAUUUAUACAUGUUAACUACGGGCUUUUAAAAACUGAUUUUUUUUUAAUUUGGGGGUGGGGUCUGUCUUAUUUUACUUAACUUGGCUUUAGCUGUUUUGCACUGAAAAAUUUGAAGUAUUCCUUGCUCAGAAGAUGUUUGGUUUAAUAAUUGCCAUCCACCUUGAUAUGCCAAGGGAAUCUAAAUGAAAAGAGAUGCUAAUUUAAUAUGCAUAUUGGGAAAUAAAUAUAAUUUGCAUCAUG